AUGGAUCUAGUUAAAAAUUUUCAGUUUUCUAGAAUUCUGUCCAACAGUACCGAUUCAAAAAAAAUCUACCUAUUAGGUACUAUCGAUUCCCAAAAUGCUAUAGUGGCAAUUGAAAAAGUAGCUUUCGAUUUGGACCCCAAGUCUCUUUCAGAUUAUAAAUCCCUUGGAAUUGACCAGCUCCGUCUGCUCGACAUUAAUGACGUCUAUUCUUGGAAUAUGGCUACCCUCAUUCAAAACAUUGAUUCCAAUCCAGCUGCAAAAGUUAACGUUAUCUACCCGGCCUCUGAUACCCAUAUUAAAAAAUACCAAGAAUCAAAACCUCGCUACAUUGUCGAGACCCCUGAAUUGUACCAGAAAUAUGUUGCCCCAUAUGUUGAGUCUAUGCGGGGGGAUCGAAUCAAGUGGGUCCAUCAGAUUCUGUUUAAAGGCACAGAGGCCGAGCGUGUUUUAACUAGAGUAGAUGAAGAUCCCUCAGGCCGCAAUGGUACUUUUGUUCUUUUACCUGACCUUAAGUGGGACCGCAAAACUUUAGAAACACUUUAUCUUAUUGCAAUCUCUAUAAAGGAUAUUGCUUCCAUUCGAGAUCUCACUGAGGCUCAUAUACCCAUGUUGGAAUCUAUUCGUGACAAAAUAUAUGCUACAGUUUAUGAAAAAUAUGGUCUUGAGCCAUCUCAAUUGAAGAUUUACGUUCAUUAUCAACCUUCUUAUUAUCACUUCCAUAUCCAUGUCACUCAUGUCCAACUACAGCAAAAUGAUUUUGGUCGCUCUAUUUUCUUGGAUUCUGUAAUUGAACAACUACGUCAUCUAGGACCAGAAGGCUUUUCUAAAGCUACGCUAACGUAUCUCUUGAGCGACACCCAUGAUCUUUGGACCAAUGGAUUUUCCAAAGAAUUACGUUAA